AAACAUUGUUGCAACAGUCAACCUCGACUGUCGACUAGACCUCAAAACAAUCGCCCUUCACGCGCGAAACGCAGAAUACAAUCCAAAGCGUUUCGCAGCGGUGAUUAUGCGAAUCCGCGAUCCCAAGACAACUGCUUUAAUCUUUGCGUCUGGCAAGAUGGUCGUCACCGGGGCCAAAUCGGAAGAUGACUCUAAACUUGCAAGUAGGAAAUACGCGAGGAUUAUUCAGAAGUUGGGUUUCAAUGCGAAGUUUACAGAAUUUAAGAUUCAGAACAUUGUUGGAUCGUGUGAUGUCAAGUUCCCUAUUCGGUUGGAGGGGUUGGCUUAUUCUCAUGGACACUUUAGCAGUUAUGAACCGGAAUUAUUCCCUGGCCUAAUUUACAGAAUGGUCAAGCCAAAGAUCGUAUUACUGAUUUUCGUUUCUGGAAAGAUUGUGCUUACGGGCGCGAAGGUGCGUCAAGAGAUUUACGAGGCUUUUGAAUCCAUAUUCCCCGUACUCACUGAAUUCCGAAAACCUUACGGGUUAAUUCAUGGAAACUUGAAACUCGGCUAUCGAAAAUUGGUCUUUGGUUUCGAGGAAGAUCAGAUGAAAAG